AUGAGCGCGAAAGACAUGGUUGAACACGUUGAAACGAUCUUCAAAUCAAGCCGACCUUUACCCCGCCUCUGGUCUUGGGCCUUCCUUCAACCGGCUUCACAGAGUCUCAACCCUGCCGCUGUGUAUUCACCUUGGGAUACGACCCUCGACAAUCUCCGUGCGCGUUGCCUCGACACGCAGUUCAUCUGCAUCAUUCCGGAGACUUGGGAGACCCAGCACCACUCAGGCUUUCGGCGUGCUGUUGCUCAAGCAAUCAGCCGUGAUCCUGUGUCUUGGCAACCUCUACCCAAGACCCCCAUGGGCCCUCCCUUGAGCCAGGCAAAGAAGGGAAAGAGAAGGGCCGUACGCGAGACGUCAUCCGAAUUAGACCGGGAGGAACAGCGAUACCGCGAUGCAGAAGCGUUAGAGAUCGCUAUGGCAGAUCCGACAUGCCCAGGUUGUGGCAGAUCAUACCCUACGGACCGGCUAGAGUGGCAUGUCACCAGCUGUGCCAAGGCUAUUGCCCUGAACCAGGUGGAGAGCUCAGAAUCGGAGCCAGAAGGGGUCGUUGAUCUAGACGCCGUUCAGCGUGAAAACACGCUCGACACAGACCCAGGCGAUCGGGAUGUCAUCACGAUCGACGAUUACGAAAACCUGGGCAAGAUCACUGAAGACUUCCAGGCCGUGAGUGAUGUGGGGGGAACGCCUGAACCGCAAGGCCCAAGCAUAUCGGAUCUGCUGAAGACAAAGCUGACACCGGAACAGUUUCGGGCCAUAUGCGUUCAAUUUAUCGAAGACCAUGGCCGAGAAAACUUCAAUAUGCAUGUGAUGGUGGCCAAAGGUGUACCUUCGGAUCAACCUGCCAUACCAUCAACGCAAGCUGCUCAGGAAGAGGUUGUAGUCGACUGGGAGUUAGGCACACAUCUCAACGGCGUAGAACAAGACGGAGAGUCUAGGCUAUCUGAGCCAGGCGUAGUUGAAGAGCCAGCACUUAUGCCUGGGGUCGAAGUUGCGGUUGGCAACAAGAGGGCAAGGUCUAAGUCUUCUCCAGAGAAAAGCGGCAUUGCUCAUGCACGUCGCAGACUCCGAAGCCACAACGAGGCCUCAUCUAGCAAUGCGUAG